AGCGCCAGCGGCUGCCGGGCGCCAGAGCCGCGUCCCCCUGCGCCGCCCCGGGCCAGCCGGCCGGAGCAGCCGCCAUGCACCCCGGGCCGCCCCGCACCGCGCUUCGCCUGUGGCUGGGCUACGUCUGCCUCGCACUGGUGCAGGCGGACAGCCCCUCGGCCCCAGUGAAUGUCACGGUCAGGCACCUCAAGGCCAACUCCGCAGUGGUGAGCUGGGAUGUCCUGGAGGAUGAAGUUGUCAUCGGAUUUGCCAUCUCUCAGCAGAAGAAGGACGUGCGGAUGCUGCGCUUCAUCCAGGAGGUGAACACCACCACCCGCUCGUGCGCCCUCUGGGAUCUGGAGGAGGACACGGAGUACAUUGUGCACGUGCAGGCCAUCUCCAUUCAGGGCCAGAGUCCAGCCAGCGAGCCAGUGCUCUUCAAAACUCCGCGCGAGGCGGAGAAGAUGGCCUCCAAGAACAAAGAUGAGGUGACCAUGAAAGAGAUGGGGAGGAACCAGCAGCUGCGGACAGGCGAGGUGCUGAUCAUCGUCGUGGUCCUCUUCAUGUGGGCUGGCGUCAUCGCCCUCUUCUGCCGCCAGUACGACAUUAUCAAGGACAAUGAACCCAAUAACAACAAGGAAAAAACCAAGAGUGCAUCAGAAACCAGCACACCCGAGCACCAAGGCGGGGGUCUUCUCCGCAGCAAGAUAUGAAACCUUUUCAGUGCUUGCUCUGAGCAGCCCAGAAGAAAGACAGGAGAGAAUGUAAGAGGAUCUCACGGUCUUGACGAUGAUUGUCUGACAAACAUCUGGCUCUCUCUGCAUUUCCUCCUCCCUCCAUCUUCUUACACCUCUGGCUUGCUGUCCUCUCUCUUGGCUUCUCUUUCUGGCGCAUUUUCCUGAAGGCUCUUAUUAACCCCCAUCUCCAGAAGCACCUCAACAAUGUCAGUGGCUGAGGCUGUGCUCAGAGGCAGAUCUGCAGGAUGUGAGAACCAACCAGUGGGAUGGCUCUGCUGGGGGUGGACUGGGUACCAGGGGCCGUGGAUCCAGGACCCGGUCUUGGCCAUCCAGCUGAGUGAGGCCGAAGGCUGGGAUUGAGAAGGCAGAGACAAGACAUCCAGGCAGGGCUACUCCUUUCCUUCCUCACGGGACAAGAGUCUGGCUUUUAGACUGCAGCCCUGCUGUACCCUUCCUUCUCGUUCUGUUUCCAACCUUGCAAGAAGUCUAUUCAAUUACCCCGGCCGCUUUUCUCCUUUUUCUCCUCCCAGUUUCCAAACAUGCCCUUGGCGAACAUCAUAGAAGCGUGACAGCCUGUCUGCAGGGAGAAGGAUUUCAUUUUUCUUCUCUGCUGGUCCCCAGGCCCACAGGCACAGGGAGAGGGAGGACUGCAGUGGAGGGGGAGGUAUGGCUAGCUGCACUGUUAUCCCUCUCCCCCAUGUCCUAGUCUGGUGAAGGAGGCUGAACUACAAACCCAAAUUCUGCAAAAAAUAAACAAGCCACAAAACUCAAAGGCCUGGCCCCAUUCUGGAAAAGGCAAAGCUGCAUGAGACACAGCCUUCUCUCUGCCUCCUCUCGUCUCCUGGACUGGCUUCCUCUCUGAGAAAACGCACAAAGCUCUUGGGAGAUGACAAGCACCUAGAUUGACUCAAGCUGUCUUUUAGACCAAGACCCAUCAGGGAAGCCGUGGGGCUGCCUGCGAGGCAGGGUCAUGGCUGCCAUCAAACCUUUUCUGGAUCCAGCCAUCAAGGACUUGUUUGUGGCAUGAUGCACAACUUUGUGAGUGAGAUGUUAUCUGUUUUGUCUCUUUUUGAAAACACAAUCGAAGGGCUUCACUCCAGAGGGCAAAGGGAUUCCGAGCUGUUUGCCUGCAUCCUCUGGUCUUCUUUGGCCCUUACGUUCUUUGACUGUAAGACCAUCAGUCUGGGGUCUUACGUAGGAAAGAGACCUGGAAGGUACUGGCCCCGUUCCUUUAGGAAACGUCUCUUGGAGUUGUGCCAGUGCUGACUUGGCCAACUGGAAAGGUACGUCCACGUGGGACAUGCUGGGGGCUGCACAGUCACCCACUCGGGAGCCGAAGCUACUGGAAGGCAGGCCUGAGCCAUUCACAGUCACAGCAGUCCUGGCCCCUGGGGUCUCCAUAUCUUGCCAUCUCAUCCAGAGUUCUGUGAAAGCUACCCAAGGUCCUCAUGUCCUUCCCUAGAGCCUGUGUGGUGUGAGGUGACAGGUCUCUCUCCACUGCCCCUUUCUGGUUAAAAAAAAAAAAAAUGGUGCUUGAUAAGGGAAGGCAGACCCUUCCCUAGGACUGACAAGUUACGGCUGCUGAAUGCCUGCUCAGGAAGAGAUGGACGUCUGCAUCUUCCAGGGGUGGCUAAGGACAGGAGUAUGGGAGAACUGCGCCUAGCACAAGCCUGGCACACAGUAGGCGCUCUGUGAAUACCUGUUGAACUGAACAAGAGCAAUAGCCCCAAGCCAGAGAGCUGAAAGCCAUCACCCAAUGACCGCCCCUUCCUUCCGGUCUACAAGAGCUCUCAUGGCGGGUCAGCCACCGCUCUGUUUUGCCGAGUAUGGAGCACAGGGAGGAGAGACAGGGUACCGGGCAGAUGUCAGCAGUACUAAGGGCUUCCUCAUGGGAGGGCAUGAGGCUCCACUCAUUGUCUUGUGACUUCCAUCCCUGCUGAAUGGGGCUGCAAGGCCACGGCUCCUUAGGGGAGAGGUCCUUACCUCUGAUCCAGUUAGAGCAAUAACCACUUUUUAAACGGAAAAUAAAAGACAAAUGAA